UCCGUUACAAGAUUUUCGGGUAGCCUAACAGAUUUCUCACCUUUCAUGUCACCCUCAUCCCCCCAGCUCUGCUCCACUCCUCCAUGCUCAUUGGCUGCUGCACAGACCGGGGCCCCUCCCCCUAGCCUCCGGGGCUGAUGGAGAGUUGUAAGUCUCAGGAUCUCCUCCUUGCAAAGCUAAGCUAUCCCAGCAUGCCCUGCAAUCCAUUCGGUGACAAACAUCCAAUCAGUGCUGGGUCUCGGCAUUGAGCUGUCUGGACUUGUAGCCAGUUAGAGAUUUCUGUUUUGUAAGCACUACAAGUCCCACAAUGCCUUUGGGGAGCUGUAGAGGUGAGCCAAUGAGAGGUGAGAGUCGGCAGCCCCGCCCACUCACAUGGUAGAAGCAGGGUGCUAUGAAGCUUUUCAAGAUAUACUUUGUCUAUCCAGAGAGAGAACUUACGGAGCUUAUCUAAUAUGGUGAAGGAGAGAGAGCAGUUGGCAGAAGCCAUAUUAAAUCAUGCCCUGGAGAUCAUCUGCUUGUUGACGGUGGAGGAUUUUAUUGUUGUGAAGAGACCUGAUGGAACCCGAUGUACAUUCAGCAUUCAUGCCACAGAGGUCAACAGAAAUGUGCGUUUUUCCCCUUCGGGAUAUCCAGAACUCCUGUUUACUCUCCUGGACUCUAUGCGUCUGUUGGAGGACAAGACUCAGAAGAUGAUUGCGGAGUUGGCCAGCAAAAUUGUCCGGCUGUUGACUAGGGAGGUACCUGUAAAGUGUGCGGAUGUUUCUGUUCUUGUCUCUAAGGAUAAAUGGGAAGAUAUAGCAGGACCUGGGGAACAAUAUAAGAACAAACAGGACACCUGGACCAUUGAACAGCCAAGUACAGAAAAAGAUUACCCCAUCAAAUUCUGCAUUAAGAACGAGCUGGAAGAAGGACCUCAUCAUUCCGCUGGUCAACCGACAUCCCCAGUGCAGCAAAAUACUGAAUUAAGUUACCCCAUCAAUCUCUGCAUUAAGAAGGAGCCGGAAAAAGAACCUCAUUAUGUCCCUGACCAACCAACAACCCCGGUGCAGCAACAUAGAGAACAAAAUUAUCCCUUCAAAUUCUGCAUUAAGAAGGAGCUGGAAGAAGAAGAACCUCAUUAUGUUGCCGAUGGGACAUCAGACCUUCCUUCCUCCUCAGAGUUUAUUCCAGGAAGCCUAGAAAGAAAACAUCGAUCUACUGUAAAUGUCCACUUACCUUUUAUGGAAGCCCAAACUACAUCUGGAUUUGACUUUGAAAUUAAGAUUGAACCCAGUGAAGAGUCCUCAGAUGACACUGAGGACAGUGCAGAAACAGCAGACUACAGAGAAGAGGACUAUUUACCGCAAGAUUCUAACCAUAAAAUGAUCACAACAUGCAAUUCAAGUUCAGGAAAGACGUCUCCUUCCUGCGAAGUGUGUGGGAAAGUAUUCGGCAGCAAGUCGAAUCUUGAGAAACACCUACAGAUCCAUACCGGACAGCGUCCAUAUCCAUGCAGUGACUGUGAGAAAAGUUUCUCGUGUAAGAACCACUUGAUCACUCACCAGAGAAGUCAUACUGGAGAGCGACCCUUUGCCUGUAACCAGUGUGACCGGAAGUUUAUCAAACAGCAGCACCUCGUCCUCCAUCAGGUGGUCCACACUGGUGAAAAGCCAUACUCCUGUCCUGUGUGUGGGAAAGGCUUCACUCGGCAAUCCAGCGUGGUCAAGCACUCCAGCAUACAUGCAGAACAGAAGCCGUUUGUGUGCAACGAGUGCGGAAAGAGUUACUGCCAAUACGCCAGCCUGGUUGUCCACCAGCGGCAGCACUCCGGGGAGAAACCAUUUGUCUGCAAGUACUGUGAGAAAGCUUUUGCAUGUAAAGCCACCAUGUUGAAGCACGAAAAGUCUCACACGGAGUAAAAGCCCUUCCCGUGUCCUCAG